AUGUAUUGUGAUAUAUUUGAUUUGGCAGCCAUCAGACGGCUCCUAGAUGCUGAACAUUCCUCGUCUGGCACAUGCCCAAGUUGCGAGAUGCCUUUUGACAAAGGCAAAAAAAGAAGACUCAUAGACAAUUGCGGACACGAGAGAUGCUAUUCUUGUAUGUUCACCAACGAGUCUUGCCCUCUCUGUGUAGGAAACGGAAUCACGACAGAAAUAGAUGGAACCCUUAAACCAAAUUUAGGCUGUAGCAAAUUAAGAGGAUCAGAAAUUAGCCUCCGUGGAGAAAUGCCUCAAGCGCAGCAAGUGCAACCUAGAACCAAAGUCAAAACUAACGGCUAUUUUAACUUACUCUCACAAAGUCGCACUGAUCUGUUGACAUCCAGUGUAGAAGUAGGCCAUCCAGAAAAGCUGCCAAAGACUCGUCCCUCGAAUUUGCGUCACCGAGCUCCCGAACAGAAUAUUAUGACUCAAAGCUGCCCCACUCCUCCUCAAGCCAGAAAAAAAUUCUAUCUCGGAGCGAAGGGAUUAAAAAGUCCAUUAUUGAGUAGGGGAGUUAGGCAAGAACCAGCUCUAUCAGACGAUGAAAGCGUUCAACCUAAACCCGCCAUCAAGAAAACAUCCGAAAACGAUCUCUAUAUGCGUCUUGGACUCCUUCUCGGUGAUUCUGCCAAACGAUCGAAGAAACAGCAAGAAAUAAACCAUGAAUCUUGCUCAUCAUUGGCUAGUUACGAGGCUUCCACGAUGUUGUCAACAAAUACUAGCCCUGUCUCAACAUUAACCGGGAGUUCGGAAGACCAGCACCGGACUAAUCCUAGCUCAGAUAGUGUCGCAUCGUUGAUGUCACUCUCAAUGUCCGGACAGAGUAGCAAUUCCAGUCCCCUUAGUAGGAGACACAGUGUUACCACUCAUCAACAAAACCACGCCGAAAGUAUAAGAUACAGAAGACCUGGCGCUAGAAUAACAAAAGCCGAAAUUGCCAAAACCUCGGCAGAUCCGAGGAUACGUAUUAGGCAAUACGGUCCACCUCAACUAACAUUUAAGCCCUUAUUUUUCGAAGUACCUCUUCAAGAACCCGAUCCUCUCUUCAUCGGCAGACAUUGGUUGAUUAAAGAAAUAGAAGAUGUUAUCAAUUCUUCAAGUCCCGGUGUUCUGCUGACGGGUAAUCCAGGUAGUGGAAAAACUGCCCUCAUCCUACAACUAGUUGAAUAUAGCUGUUUUGGUCGCAGAAAAGAAUCACACUAUCAGUCUAUCCAAUCUCCUGAAAGAUCUCGUAGUCCCCAAAGUAUCUACUUUCAAAUCGACUUAAUUUCGGAAAAGAUUAAAGAGCUUUCCAGCAGUAUUGUAGCCUAUCACUUCUGCCAAGCUGAUAAUAACUACACUUGCUCUGUACCUGACUUCAUUCAUUCUUUAGCAGCUCAGUUAUGUCAAGCUCCUCAACUGGUAGCAUAUCGAGAUCAUCUGGUGAAUGAGUCUGAUCUACAAAGUACACUAGCACUGAAGGAGUGCAUCGCUAACCCCGACAUAGCAUUUACUAGAGGCAUUUUAGAACCGUUGGCCUGUUUAAAGAGAUUGGGGAAGAUAGACAACUUCAACUAUGUGAUACUUAUUGACGCAUUGUGUGAAGCAGAGUACCACAGACCCGACCAUGGUGAUACUAUAACGACAUUCCUCUUGAAACAUAUCUCAAGCUUUCCUUCUUGGUUGAAAGUUAUAACUACUGUUAGAAGCCAACUAGAAGAAGUUACAAAACAACUUCCUUUUACUAGGAUCUCCUUAGAUAAUGUACAGUCUAACGAUAGUAUUCAAAAAGAUUUGGCUGGAUACAUUAACUUUAGAGUACAGAAUAAUCAAGCAAUACAAAGUAAUAUAACACUAGCUACUAAUGGUAAACCAGAAAGUUCCUCGUUUUCUCAAAAUAAAUUUGCCCAUCAUUUGCUCAAUGCUAGUCAAGGUUCCUUUUUAUUUGUAAAACUAACCUUAGAUUUACUAGAAAAAGGUCAAUUAGUUGUUAAAUCUUCCGGUUACAAAGUUCUUCCAGUAAACCUAGCUGAAAUCUACCUCUUACAUUUUAACUUAAGAUUUCCUACAAUACGUUCUUUCGAAAAGGUCACCCACAUUCUCAGUGUCUGCCUUGCAGCUCUCUAUCCGUUAACCAUUCUGGAAAUCUACUAUUCGGUUAAUGCUCUAUUAGUCGAUAACUUCUUGCCUUGGAGUGAGUUUCUACAGAGAUUUAAACUGCUCUCUGGUUUUCUGGUAAAAAGGCUGGAUAACACCUACAUGUUUUUCCACUCAUCAUUCAGAGAAUGGUUGAUUAGAAGGGAUGAAAAUGAUGCCAUGAAGUUCCUUUGCGAUCUUAGAACCGGACAUGCUGGAAUCUCAUUCAGAUUAUCUCGAGUACAAGCGCCUUUAGAUCCAGAAAAAACUUUAGAACUUGGCCACCAUAUUCUCAAAGCACAUGUCUACAGAAAUAUGUCUUUCCCGAAUCUCACGUCACGAGAUUUACAAGCAAAAUGGGUAGCUGAGAGUUCAGAAAAUGUAUCUGAAGCAGUAUGCCAUUUGAGAAAUAUGUAUUGUCCUAAUGUUAAGGUAUCCAGAUUAAUGCUCCUGGCUGGAGCUUCACCAAAUUAUAUCACUGAUCUCCUGGGUAAUGCACCAGUGCUCUGUGUAUAUGCUAAUGAAGGUAUUCUUCCCAUGGUGUCAUUGCUUCUGGAAUUCGGUGCUGAUGUUGAGCUCACAAACAGCCAAGGUUGCACAGCUCUUUCUCUGUCGUCAGCUAGAGGUCACUGUGAUGUAGUACGACAACUAAUAGCAGCUGGUGCCUCACCUGGACACGCUGACACAGGAGGAUACUGUCCUUUAGUCCACGCUGCCAGAAAUGGAUUCCUCAAUGUUGUUGGUUAUCUCCUGGCAUGUGAUUGGAUAACAAAAAAUGAAGAAGAUGUACAAAUAGCUGUCGCUGCUCAACAGGCUUUGAUAGCUGCAGCAGGACAAGGACAUAGUGAAAUUGUGGAAUAUUUGUUGGACAUGGCAGAAGUUAACAUUGAUCUGCCUGAUUCGAUAACUGGUGAAACUGCUUUAACUAUUUCUGCUUCAAAUGGUUGUCAUGGAGUUUGCUCCGUUUUGAUCAAUAGAGGGGCAAAUAUUUGCGUCACGAAUAAGAAAGACCUGGCACCACUGUUCUUGGCUGUCAAAGAAGGUCAUUGGGCUGUGGCUGAAAGACUGAUCCAGAAUCAUGCUGCUAUCGAACAAUGUGAUUCUACUGGAAAAUCUCCUUUGAUGAUUGCUUCGUCAGAAGGACAUUUAGGAAUUAUCGAACUUCUACUUGACAGAGGUGCUGAUAUAAAUAAAGAAGACAAAGAAGGCCUCGCACCCCUAGCAUGGGCUUGCUUAAGAGGAAAACUACAAGUAGCUCAGUGUCUCCUGGAACGAGGUGCAGCCAUUAAUCAUGCCGAUAAGUCUGGUCGAAUUCCAUUAGAUCUAGCUGCUUUUCAUGGAAAUCAAGCAUUAGUACAGUUUUUAAUUGAUCGUGGAGCUACGAUUGAACAUGUUGACAUUAGCGGAAUGAGGCCAUUAGAUCGAGCUAUUGGUUGUAGAAAUGUUCAAGUUAUUCACUGUUUUCUAAAGAAGGGUGCAAAAUUGGGACCUGCAACGUGGAGUAUGGCACAUGGAAAACCAGAUAUAAUGUUAAUUCUUUUAAACAAGUUGCUCGAAGAUGGUAAUAUUCUAUAUCGUAAGAGCAGGCUAAAGGAAGCAGCCCAUCGAUACCAAUAUGCCCUAAAGAAGUUCCCAACUGAAGACCAAGAUGAACAUAAUAAAACCUUCAAACAACUUAAGAUAAACUUUUUGUUGAAUUUCUCUAGAUGCAAAAGGAAAUUAGGAGAAUCUCAAGAAGCCAUUGAAUUGGCAAAUCUCGUUAUAGAAUUAAAACCAGAAUCCUAUGAAGCUUACUACGCCAGAGCGAAAGCUAAAUUGGAUCAAAACAAAUACGAAAGUGCCUUACAUGACGUCAAAGAAGCUCAAAAAAGAGCUCCGCCCCAAGGGAGCGAAAUAAAAAUUUUGAACUACUUGUUAGAGGAUAUUACUACAAGGAUGUCCUCCAGUAGAAGCUUGUCGAAUAGAAGAAAUGUCGCUAUAUCUGUAGAUACUUUACACGAAUAGAAAUGUUGUCUUUUUAAGAUAUUUUACAAAAUAAUGAUAUGUCUUUUAGAUACCCACGGGGAUUACAAACUAAAAGGAAUUAAUUUUUUCUUCUUUCUUUAAAUUUAAAAGUAGGAAGCGCUAGUUCAAUACCCUAUAGUGUCCUAUAGUAGUAUAAUCUAAAGACAAUACUUAAAUUCUUGAUUGAAAUAAGAAGCGUUCCUAAAGUGUAUAUUU